CCGGUGACCGCGUACGCGUCCAAGGCAGCGGGAUGGAGGAGGUGCCUCACGACUGUCCCGGGGUCAGCAGCGCCCAAGCAGGUCGAGGGGCCUCAUGUCAGGGGUGCCCCAACCAGGGGCUCUGCGCUUCUGGAGCUGCUGCCGCUCCGGACCCGGCCAUAGAGGAAAUCAAAGAAAAAAUGAAGACCGUGAAACACAAGAUCUUGGUGUUGUCUGGGAAAGGCGGCGUUGGGAAAAGCACAUUCAGUGCCCACCUGGCCCACGGCCUAGCAGAAGAUGAAAACACACAGGUGGCUCUUCUAGACAUUGAUAUAUGCGGGCCGUCAAUUCCCAAGAUCAUGGGAUUGGAAGGAGAACAGGUUCACCAGAGUGGCUCGGGCUGGUCUCCAGUGUUCCUGGAAGACAACUUGGGGGUGAUGUCCGUGGGUUUCUUGCUCAGCAGCCCCGAUGAUGCCGUUAUCUGGAGGGGACCAAAGAAAAAUGGCAUGAUCAAGCAGUUCCUCCGAGACGUCGACUGGGGCGAGGUGGACUACCUCAUCGUGGACACCCCGCCCGGGACGUCGGAUGAACACCUGUCGGCCGUGCAGUACCUGGCCGCAGCGCACAUCGAUGGGGCGGUGAUCAUCACCACGCCGCAGGAGGUGUCGCUCCAGGACGUCCGGAAAGAGAUCAACUUCUGCCACAAGGUGAAGCUGCCCAUCAUCGGGGUGGUGGAGAACAUGAGCGGCUUCACCUGCCCCAAGUGCCAGAAGGAGUCUCAGAUAUUCCUGCCGACGACUGGGGGUGCGGAGGUCAUGUGCCGGGACCUGAAGGUCCCGCUUCUCGGCAAAGUGCCUCUGGAUCCACGCAUAGGUAAGAGUUGCGACAAAGGAGAGUCUUUUUUUGCUGAAGCACCGGAUUCACCAGCCACUUUAGCCUACAGAAGUAUAAUUCAGAAUGCUGAGCUCUCCUGGCAACCGUACCUGGCCUUUAAGAAUUAGACAUGAUCACGUAGCACUUCCAAACCUGGAAUGUUCCAGAAGAUAAGACCCUUGGGAGUCUCUUAUACCCUUUUCGCCUUAAACCUUAUUGAGGAUCUUUCAACUAAUUGUCUUAGUACAAUUUUGCCCCCUUCACUCCAAGAUAAAUGAGUCCUCUUCCAAUAACUGAACAUCCUUCGAGGGCAGAGACCAUGUUUUCAAUAAUUUUAUAUCCCCAAGAGCACCUGGCAUUAAGAUUCUCGGCAAAUAUUUGUCGUGUUGAACCUUAUAAUCCAGUCCCUUCAGGCUCACUGGGGACAUCUGUCCUUUUUGUAGAACAGCGGUUCCCAACCUUUUUGGCACCAGGGACAGAUUUCAUGGAAGACAAUUUUUCC